AUGUCGCCCUCCUUCUCCUCCCCCCCGCCCUCGCCCCUCCUCAACCGCCUCUCCUCCUCCACCCCCCGCGCCGCUGGCAGCAGCGCCCACGCCUUCAAGGCCAUGCCCCUCAAGCUCGCCAGUGCCGCGAACAUCAUCGUCCGCCUCAGGCGCACCCGCGCCGCCGCGAAGGCCCACCACAUCGCCUCCACCUCGGGCGACGCGCCGCGCACCCACCCCGCGCUCGCCGCCGACGGCGCCGUCCUCCCCCGCCGCGUCCCGCUCGAGGAGCGCGUCACGUUCGUCUGCCGCGACGGCGUCGACGGCGCGAAGCUCCUCCGCGGCGUGCGCGCCCUCCUCCUCCAGCAGGCCGCCGACAUCGGCGCCAACGUGCUCGUCGACGAGCAGUGGCAAAUGACCAUCUGCGGGCCGCGGCACAGGUCCGACGGGUCGUUCAAGGUCCAUGUUGACUACUACGCCUGCGGCGCCCGCUCGCAGACGCAGCGGGACCCCCAGCAACCGGUCGCGCUCGAGAACAUCAAGGAUGUUCCGGGGCUCAUGACCAUCGUCUCCCGGUCAGACUGA